AUGGCGAAACUGCUUCGGUCACGGAGGAAGGGUGGCGUGCUAAUACCCAAGAAUGCUAUCCUCAUCUACAACAUAUUUAAAGCUGGCCGGGACCCGAGCCUGUGGGAGGACCCGUGCUCCUUCAAGCCCGAACGAUUCCUGGACGACGAGACGGGUGUGCUGUCCACCAAGGACAAGCCCUCGUUGCUGACCUUCGGCCUGGGCGCCCGAAGCUGCCUCGCGGAAAAGCUCGUGCCGACCGUUCUUUUUUACGUUCUCGUCAGGCUGAUGCAACGCACGACUUGGACCCUGCCGCCUGACGAGAUUUACGACCCCACACAAACCGACGGCACAACACUGUUGCUGGCACCGGCAGAUCGGCGCGUAGAGGUCACCAAAAGGAACACGUGAAGUUACAUGCCUUGCAGAAGCGUAUUAUGUGUA